CAGAACAAAAUGGCACGCACCAGAGCCAAGAAGACGGAGAACACACAACCGACAAGCACCUCUACUGCCCUGGUGUUUCUCAAACCAGAGUCAAACGCGGUUGAUGUUGUAGAUGAAAAGAUCACCCAAGAGGACACAGUUCCUGAUGUAGUUCUCCCCGAUGAGGACGAUGAUCCAUCAACGUAUGGAUUCCCUCUUAAUGUCAUCUACACAGUCCAAGACUUCUUGAACGAUCAUAUGACCACCUCGAAGUUUGUUCAAUUAUUGGUUAUGGCCUACACUUGUCAAGUCAUUUACAUCAACAAUGAAGAUCUUUUCUUUCAAAACUAUCAAAUUAUUGGUUUCAACUUGUUGGGAGUCUCUAUUGCCUUGAUUUUAUCCUACCAUACCAAGAACAAGAACCAUGGCGUCAACCCGGACAAGUAUGAAAAGCCAGAGUUACCUGAUUUUAAUCAUGUUUCUUCGAUUUUCAUCCCUUUGGGACUUUCCUUCUUGUUGGAUCCACAAAAUUUGUUGGUUAACUUGUCAUUUAAUUACUUUGUGGUUGGUAAUUUACCAAUUUUCGCCAAUAUCUUAUCAGUUGUUAUGUUCAAUUAUGUGUACAGUGUUGAAGAUUUAGAAGUUUCCUUUUUCAAAACCGUGGCUCUUUACGUUUUUAUUCAACAAUUCCUCAAUUAUAUCAAUAAACUGGGAAUCACUGGCUCUAAAUCAUUACAAAAGGCAGAAAUUCAUUUACUUUCAUUAUUGACUACCAAGAUUCUUGAUGCUCCUACCUUUAUCUUGACUACUCCAAUUGAAGAAAAUCGUACCCUCCCAAUUAUUAUUCUUCAAUCUUUAAUUAUUGCCCUUUCUAUCUCAUCAGUUUUAAGUUAUCCAAUUUUCAAAUAUUAUCAAACUCUUGAUAAAACCACUACAUUUGCUAAAACUCUUGCCUUGAUUAUCACAUUAUUUGUAUCAAUUGUGUUUGUUUUCUUAACCAACUAUAGAUUGAAACCUUUAUUUAAUGAAGAUCCAAUCCCUUGGUUAUCCAAAUAUAUCAUGUCAUCCGAAGAAAGAAUUCAAUACGUUGAAAUUUGGGCAACCAUCCUUGUUGCCUCAAUCUCUAGUGUUUUUGCCCUUUCAGGAAAGAUGUCCUUGAACAUUAGAAGAAAAAUUUGGCAUUCGGUUAUUUUGGCUAUUUUAUUAAUAAAGUCUCCUCUUUUCAAUCAACCAAUUUUCACCUUGAUUAGUUUGUUUGGUGCUUUCUUCUUGAUGUUGGUGGUUGAAUUGUUUAGAUACAAUCAAUUUACCUUUAUUGGUAAGUUUUUCUACCAACAAUUAAGAAUUUUCCAAGAUGAAAAAGAUCUUAAUGGUCCAUUAAAUUGUUCCUACAUCUUUUUACUUCUUGGUAUCACAAUUCCAAUUGUUUUGGAUUACUGUUUUUCUAAAGGUGAUGUCUCUAUCUAUAGUUUCUUGGGUCUUGUUUUCUUGGGAAUUGGUGACUCUUCAGCUUCAAUUAUUGGGAAAAAGUAUGGAACUAUCAAAUGGAAAGAUAGUGAUAAAACUGUUCAGGGUACACUUGCAUUCUUUGCCUCAUCCUUUGUUUCGUUUUAUGCCUUGGAGUACUUCUUACCAGUUUCUGUACCCAAUUGGGAAGCUCUUUUCAUUGCUUGCAUUUUAUCAGCAUUGUUGGAAGGAGCAAGCGAUUUGAACGAUAACUUUUUAAUUCCAGCGUUUUCAUUCAUCGCCUUGCGUGCCCUUGACGUUUAG